AUGAGGAAGAGAGAGAGGGAGAACCCUUGUUCGCUCUGUGGGCAUUACCACAAGUACGAGGAAGGUGAAGUCUGUGGAAUCUGUGGCCACCGUAUGCCUGAUCCCUCCGAUGUGCCGCCUCCUCAAGUCCACGUCAGCGCUUUUCCCUCCGAGAUCUUGCCGGAGUUUCUCUUCCUAGGGAGCUACGACAACGCCUCUCGCUCUGAGCUUCUCAAGACUCAGGGAAUCUCUCGCGUUCUUAAUACGGUUCCUAUGUGCCAGAACCUCUACAGGAAUUCAUUCACUUAUCAUGUCCUCUCUGAUGAAAAAGUCUUACAAUUUGAUGAUGCUAUCAAGUUCUUAGACCAAUGUGAGAAGGACAAGGCACGUGUUCUUGUGCACUGCAUGUCAGGGAAAAGCAGAUCACCAGCGGUUGUUAUUGCGUACUUGAUGAAACGUAAAGGGUGGAGACUCGCUGAGAGUCAUCAGUGGGUUAAGCAACGGAGACCCACAACUGACAUAUCCACAGAGUUCUACCAACAACUGGAAGCGUUUGAGCAGGCUGUAUUCGGAUCUAGAGAAGGAAUGAUGUCGGCCAUGAGUAUCAAUGAACCUCCAACAUUUGGGUUUGGUUUCCCAAAGGUUAAUAAUGAUCAAGCGCAAGUCCCUGUGUUCAACAGUGGACCUGCUUCUUCUAUAUUUUCAUCCCCUGCUUCAAGUAUCCCUCCUCAAGGGUUCACUUUUGGAGCUGCUCCACCAAAGCCAACUACCGGCGAUGAUAUUACCAUGGAUGGCUCUUAAUACCAAAUCUUCAUACUCUGCAAGAACAUUCCACCAAAAAAAACAUACUGGAUUUCUUUUUCUUUUCCUUUCUGUAAAUGGAUACUGGUGCAUGCUUGAGAGAGUUUAGGUACGUGAGAUGAAUCUUUGUUGGUUUGGGUGUUGCAUCUAUCUCUGUUUGCUGAAGGGAAGCAUCUUACUCUGCUUUAUUUCAAUAUCCUCAUUAUUACAUGUUAUGGCAACCUACGCCAGGCUGGACCUUCUCUGUUUGUCUUAGUCUUAAAUCAAAUAAGCUGAGACAUUCAACCUUUUCGCUAAAAAAAUUCUUAAGCCA